AUGCAGAAUACCAUAGACAUUGCCUGGCUUGAUGUCGGUAUCCGAGAAGACUCCAGACUUGCCGUGCUCGACCACGGGCGGCUGUCACGUAUAGUCGCUCAAUUGUCAAGCCCAGAGUCCCAGCGUCCGUCGUUAUGUGUUUUCUUGGGUGGUAAAUGCAAGGACUAUGCUCUCCAGCAGAUUUACACCUUAAACAACAUAAAGAGACAUUCUUCUGAAGCCCACAUCCGACUGAGAUAUGAUAUUGCUUCACUGGAUAGUUCACAGCCCACCUUUUUGGCCGACGGUGAUAUUCCUUGCACAGGGUCUUUCCCCUUCCCCAAGGAUCUCGCACCUGGCAUGGGUCUUCCCGUAUCCUGGGACAUUCAUUCUGCGGGAAAGUUGCUGCAAGUUCUGUGGUCGCGUCUCGUUUUUAUGUUUGCUGAUGUCGUUUGUAUAUUUGUUGAUGAUAAAUCCAGCCUCGAUAAGGCAAUGGAGUUCCUGACCGAAUACCUUCGGCUUGGUUCUGCAUCCUCUCUUGCACAGUCACUUUUACCCAGAGUGAUCUUCGUAUAUGACAAUGGAUUCAAGAAUUGCGAGGCCAAUACAUCGAAGGAGGAUCCCCUCCGUGACAGUCUUCGAGGCAGCGCGAGCGAAGAUUUGUCCGAGAUAUUUUCCGGUGUUUCAUGCAUCCACCUUCCAAUCACCCCAUUGUCAGAUACUGCGAAGUAUCUGCGUAUCAAAUCUGCUAUUGCUGAAGAGGUUAAAGCAAUAUCAUUUCUUCGGCAAAUUAACCAUGUUCGCCCAAAUGGGAAGCAUCUCGCAGCAUUGUUUCAGUCUGCAGUUCAGCACACCAUUGGUGACUUGUCUAGCCCGUUCGACAUAGUAACAGCCACGCGGAAUGAUCGCCCUGUGGGUCUGUGCGCAGAAUCGAACCUAACGCACUAUCUUGAAAUCGGCCAUCGCGCGUGCCUUUCUCCGUGCGAGCUAGCACCAUCCAUUGCAUCAGCCCUGUUCAUGGACCAUUAUGUGCCAGGGAUGUUCGCCAUUAGUCCCUGUUCCGUUUUUGGAACACUGUAUCGGUCUGUCGUAAAGCAGACGUAUUGCCGAUCUCAAACACUGUGGCCGUCUUUAUGCCCCGCCCAACAGACCGAUCUGGUGGAACGAAAUUUCUCGCAGUUAUUCGACCUUUUUUGGGAAAGCAAGAAAACGUCUGUGAAUAUCCGGAGGAAACAACUCGAAUCGCAAAGUGGCCAGUUGUGUCGUCUGCGAAGUAACCUCAUCUGCCUCUUCUGUCUUCUGCAUGCUGCACAACAUAUUUUGGUUUGUGGCCACGGGAUGUGUGAUCGAUGCGUUCAAGUAUUUGGGAGCCCAGUGGCAGGGAUGGAGCAUCAAUUCAUUUUCAAAGGCUGUCUCUACUGUCUGUAUCAAGAACCGCUGACAGUAGACGUGCUCCCGCCGACAAUGAGCCCCACAAUACUUGCCAUUGAUGGAGGAGGUGUCAGGGGUGUCAUCCCCUUGGAAUUCCUUCUUUUAUUACAAGAGCAUUUGCACCCAUGUAAUGUUCAAGAGGGGGGACUUAUUGCUCUGGGGUUGUUCGCAAUGGCCUGGGAUGUGGCGGACUGCUCUGAACGUUUCAAUACGCUAGCGCGUCGUAUCUUUUCUCAGAGACGGCCAUCAGUCUUGCCUUCCCUUCUCCAUCCAAUUUCCGGAUAUAAGUCUGUGAUUGGCGAGGCGGCUAAAUGGAUACAAUGGCUAUUACAUGAUAGUUGUUAUGACUCUCGGGUGUUCGAUGCUACUUUGAAGGAUGCGUUUGGAGAAACCCGCUGCCUGUUCGGCGCAAAUGAAGAACGAACCCGGGUUCCGUUACGAUCAGGUGUUAAGGUCGGCGUGGUAACUACGAGCAUUUCCAAAAGUACGAGUACUUAUGUAAUCGGGAAUUUUAACGCAUCGAAAUACGCGGAGACAGAAGUCUUGAUUCACGAGGCUAGAUGCAUGCACAGCGCUAAUAAAGAAAAAUACAGAGCCCGAGCCACCGCGGCUGCUCCGUUCUUCUUUACGCCUGUGGACCUACAGGGGAUUGGAACCUUUCAGGAUGGGGGCUUAAAGUAUAAUUUUGCUGGCGAUCUUGCGAAUCGGGUUUCCAACCAAAUCUGGCCCUCCUCGAUGGGCUCCAUACGGAUGCUGUCACUCGGAACUGGAAAGGCCCAGCCUAACGACCACACCCCGCAUUUCCGCCACAUCUUUCGUGACGGAUUUCUACGUAGGGGAUUUGAUGCAUGGAUGUCAACAAUGGAAACAGAUAGCGACUGGAAAAAAUGGAGAGUUCGACUGGGUGGUGAAGUCAGAGGAGAUUGCCAUCGUCUCGACGUUUCCCUGGGUCAAGCGCCUCAAACUAUCGAUGCUGUUGAUACCAUGGAUGACUAUCGCGAUAUUGUUCUCCUUCAAUCCGGAAGUGCUCGGAUGGCUCGCGAAGCCGCAACAACCCUGCUUGUGUCUAGAUUUUUCUUCGUUGUGGGCUCAUUACCGGAGCGUACUGCUUCGCCCUUUUGGUGCUCUGGCUCAGUACGCUGCAAAGGGUCAGCCAAGAAGAUCAUUGCGGCACUGGAGCAACUUUAUCCCGAAGGGCUUAGUUAUGUCUCCGACUCUGGUGUGAUCGACGACUUCGGGGGUCUGGAUAGCCUUUGCGCCUCCUGUGGGUGCUAUAAUCGCCCGAUCUCAUUACUGACUCGGCAUCUGGACCACACAGUAAAUGUUUAUAUUCAGAAUGGCUCAAAACGAAAGUGGAGGCUAUCCGGGUUUCCAGAGACUAUAGCUACUUUUACUUUGCGGCAAGGUCUGGAGGUGCCUUUUGGCCGUGAAGAUCACGGAUACCCCUGCCGGGUGCCAUGCCAUGAAUGUGACAUGACAGGAUGCGCCACCAAAGGCAAAAGGAGGCGCAAAUCAAGAACGUCUGCAGAUCUUGGCUCUAGGAAACGCGCACACGCAUAG